AUGCUGGAUGAUCUAGCCAUCCAUUGUGGAGUUGUCCCAGAUGAAGAGUUUCAAGGAAACAUUGUCAUUGAGGCCAUCGUUCUUUUCAGGAACAUCUUCAUCUUGCAAGCGGUCCGGCUGGUGCUAACUUACAACUUUACUGACUGUGACUUCAAUAUGAUUUUGAAAAUAUACCGUGUAACAGUUUUUCGUGACCUGGAAGAAGAUUUAAAAGGUAGCCAGUUAGACCAAUUGGAGUCCUGUGACAGCUUGUCAGUUUUUUAUUUCUGGCGUUUUCUUUGCUCCCUGAACUCUGCCGCUUGUGAGCAGACAGAUUGUCUCAUGAAAAUCGAGCACCGUACUUUCAAUCCUGGCCCUGGCUGCCCGUCACUCCCGGAGAAAGCAUUCGCCUCGGGAACAAAAGAGCUCCUCUUGACCUACUGCCCAGGCUACUCUGAAAUUAAGAGAAACAAUACUCAGGAAAUGGAGCAAGAAGUCAAAGACUGCCUGAACCAAACCACGCAAAUCCUGGGAUUGUGGGUGGACUUCAUUCAAACUCCAAGAUAGUAAACUUCUUCUCUUUCAUUUUACUGUGGGGAAAUGCAUCUUCUUUUUCGUAGCUAUAAUACUAAGGGUGUGGCGUGUAAAAGAACACUAGCUUAUUUUUGAGUCACAGAAGGGAUUCUUAACUUACAUUUGUCAACUUGCUGUUUUUUAGUGGAGGUGCUUUUAUGUGAGGUGAACACUACCCCUCGAACGUCAAUGGAAAUGUCUUACUGUAAAUGACCAGCUUCUGAGCUGGGUUUCU